CUUCAAAUUUAAAAAAAAAGGCUUUUUCAAGAUCUCUACACUUUUUUUUUAACAUGCCAAAGAUCUUAUUUGACGAAGAAGGCGAUGCCUUUGCAAAUGACGAAGCUUUGGCCAUCGCUGAGGAGCAGACGAUCGUAGAACAAGUGACUGACGAUCCAGAAGAGGAUUCAGACGAUGAAGCUCCCGAGGCUAUAUCAGCAACAUCAGCCAAAGAAUCCGUCUUGCAGUCUCAAAAAGCUAAAAAAGAUUUAGUAGCACGUGCAGCAGCAGAAGAAAAAGAACGGAGACGUCAACGUGAGCAACGAUUAAAGGAACAAAAGCAAGGAAGCAAGCGAGAUUUGAAACACCAACAAAAGCGUAAGCAGCAGGAACAGAGCGAUCUUGACGAGGACACUGACGGCAAUGAUGGCGAAGGACAAGAAGAAGAGAUUGACGACGGUGGACUGCUGCCAGAAGAACUUUUGGUUCAGGCAGCAGCAGAGGAAGAAAAGGCAACCAGAAAAGGCCACUUAAGAGCCGAAGAUCUGGAGCGAUUAGCCGCCGAAAUGCAGGACGAAGAACAAACAGAAAAUAAACAGCGAAAGAAACGGCGGACAGAGGCUGGUGUGCGACAAGUAGGCGAAUACACAGUAAAAGUCUUAAGCAAACGCCCACGAGCACCAGCACUUGAUCAGGAACUCAAAAGCUUAAAGGACAGUCAGAGCUUGUAUAGAAAAGGUCUUCCGCGCAAAUCUGCUAUUUUGCAACGAAGUGAAAAAUUGGUGGGCAAAGCAGCACUCCAAUUUCGACGCAGAUAAAAAUAAACUCAUGAUUCAUUCAUUCAUUCAUUCAUUUUUUUCUUUUGCAUGUGUUACUAAUA